CUCUUACACUACCAACAAAGUCGUGUGAGGUACUCUUCUUCUUGGACAAGUGGCUUAUUUCUCUCACAUCAUAAUUCACAACUGCAAUCUCUCAAUAAGUUUUCAACUCUUUACUCUUUUAAAAAGUACUCCGUAUGUGUUACUCAUUUGUCUUGGAAAAGACAUUCUUGACUCUUGAGAAGUUCUGCGGAAGGAAAAUAGUUAUACCGUUGCACUAAAGGAGAGUUCAUGUCCUUACAUUUGCCUCUCCCAAAAAAAAAAAAAAAAAAAAACAAAGAAAAGAAAAUGUCUAAGCGACGACGUGAUGAAUAUACGCCAAUAGCGGAAGCCAUGAGUUUAAUUAACAACAAAGUGAAUCUCAUAGGUCUGGUCCUCCAAACUGGCUUUCCAAAGAAGUCUAAAGGCACUGAUUUCUUCUGCUUGGUUAAAAUCAUUGAUGAGUCGUACCCAAGUGGCGGGCUUUCUGUUAAUAUUUUCACAGAGACGAUGGAUAAAUUGCCUGUGGUACUUAAUGGUGGUGAUAUUAUUCUGCUUUCUCAAGUUGUGAUGAAAGUUCAUGAAUCUGUGGUUUAUGCUGUGUUCAACAAAAAGUUCUCUUCGUUUGCUUUAUUUGAUGGAAAACUUAGUACAAGCUUUCUUCCUUAUCAAUGCUAUUCGAUUUAUCUUGCUAAGGAGCAAGACAAAAAAUUUAUACUUGGUCUGAGGAAGUGGCUGGUUCAUCAUCCUACCGCACUAGAUUCUAGUGAUUUCCAAUCCUUGAAAGAUAUCAGGGAAGGCGGCGGCUUCAAUUUGCUUUGCAAGGUAAUACUAGUACUUGUACUCUUUUAUUACAUAGGCCUCCAUUCAUUUAUUUUUGAAGAUCAGUUAAGGAAACACAUUGCUGGUUGUUUUGGUGUUCUUGAGUCUUGGCUGUGGACAUAUGCACUGAAUAUUUUCAUUGCAAAUUUCGAUGGCAUAUGCAAGAUUCUUCGUGUAUGGGAAAUUAGAAAAGAUGAGUGGAUGCUUCUUGUGUGGGAUGGAACAGACACUCCACCAGUCGCUAUUAAUGCUAAGUUAGAGGAUGAAAUGGAUAAUCCUCUUCCUUUAGAGUCAGUCCCAGUUUGUCUGCCAAGAGAUAUUUUAUGUAACUUGCCACGUCUUGGAACUGUUCUGACGGUAACUCUAGAUUGUGGCAAUGAGAAACUAGGAGUGAACGUGCUUGGGACCAAUAGAUGGGUGAAAUUUGAUAACCUAAGAUGUCAACUUCAUGCCUCACUGUGGAAUGCUUCCCUCUUGCCGAUUACUAGGUUUUGCUAUUUGCGCGAUGAAGAUCACAUUGUUUUACAGCGCAUGAGGGAGCAUAAAGAGCGUUCCAAAUCUAAAUGGGGAUGGAUGCCUCUUUCAAGCUUACCUUGGCCAAGUCAUGUGACAGUGACCGACCAUCCUGACGUGCCUUUUGUAAGCUUGAUGAGAGCUCUUGCGAAUCCCAGGGUGGUAGGUAAAUUUCGUUGUGUCGUUCGCGUUGUGGCAUCAUUUCCUUGGAGCGUUGAGGAAUAUCGUUCCCCUUCUGGUAUUUAUAGGAUCCGACUAACCUUAGAGGAUCCUACUGCCCGAAUCCAUGCCUAUCUAUAUGCUGAGGAUGCGGAACAUUUCUUUGGUCGCUACCCUUCUUUUGAUGUGCUAAAAAGAAAGCGGAAUUUGUUGCUUGGAAUUUCUGAAAGUGAUGGCGAUAGUGAGAUGAAUGAAACGUCCAGAAAUCCUCCCUGGAUAAUCUGUUGCUUGUUUUCUUAUCCCAUUGAUGAGAAUGAUGUCUGGGGAAGCAGGAAUUUCCGAAUUUUCGCAACCAUACUCCUGGGAUGAGCAAGUGAAAGUUGUAUAUUUUGUGUACAUGUAAAGGGCCAAACGUAUAUUGAGUUCUUGUAAAUGUGGUAGUGCUAGUUUUUGGAAAACUAUCAGCCUUUUUUGCAUUAUAAUUAUCUUAUUGCUGAAGCACUUCAACGUCGGGAGUGACCAAAUGUAUUUUGCUUUCUUGUAAAUGUAGUGAUCACCUUUUCUGUACAAGUACGUUUUAAAGUUACUUAGUAGUAAGUAAAUAUUUUGGUGCUGAAUAAUGCCAUGUUGAAAGUUGUACUUUUAUCAAUAUUACUGGUAUCUGAUCUUCUGGUUAGACAUCA